AAAAAGGGCCCCGCUGGUUCAGGCGAGGAUAGGAACCGUCCCGGGCUGAACUCCGCCUCACAAAUAAGAGCUGCGCUUAUUCCAAGUGGAGCAGAGAGCAGGUGAGCGUAACGUGAGGUAACAGCGCCGAGAGGACCCGCAGUGCUCUAAACCCCGCAGACAGAGAGAGAGAGAGAAAAGGGGGGAGGAAGAGCGGAAGGAAGGCGCUUCUUCCUGGGACCGGACGGAGAGACGUUUUCUGCGGACUCUUGAAAACCUCUACAGAUGGCGCCGUUGCUGCGUCCGCUGUGGUUUCGCUGCAUCAACAGGCGGACGAUGUUUGAAGAGGAGUCCCAGCAGAAGAUGGACCCGCAAGAUGCGGCCGUGCUCCACACUCUGGAGUCGCCCGUGAGUCCCGGUGGAGCGGGAGGAGGAAGAGGAGGAGGAGGAGAUGAUGGGCCCCUGUCCUUCACGGACGAAGCCGUGUCCAUCCUGACCUCCAGCAGCAUGUUGGCGCGCUCGCUGCUGGUUCGCGGCGCGGCCGUCAAGCGCAAAGAGAGCCCCUCCUCCAGCGUCCGGCGCAAGCGAGAGUUCAUCCCCGUGGACAAGAAGGAUGAGGGCUACUGGGAUAAGAGGAGGAAGAACAACGAGGCCGCCAAGCGCUCGCGGGAGAAGCGGCGCGUGAACGACAUGGUGCUGGAGGGCCGCGUCCUGGCUCUGCUGGAGGAGAACGCCCGCCUGCGGGCCGAGCUGCUGGCCCUCAAGUUCCGCUUCGGGCUGGUCAAGGACUCGUCCAGCGCCCCCAUGCUGCCCCUCGCCGCAGCUCCCGGUCCCGGCGCUCCAACCUUGACCCCCCACUAUUAUCUGCACAGGGGCGAGGGAGGUCUGCCCGGCUCCUCGGCCUCCCACGGCAACGGCCAGGCAGGCCUGAGCUCCAGGGCCUCCAGGGAUGCCGGGAACACGUCAGAGGACUCCGGGUUCUCCACGCCGGACGGGUCCAGCGUGGGCAGCCCCAUCUUCUUUGAGGACCGGCUGAGCGAUCACGGAGAAAUUCUCCCCGCACCGAGCAGAAGAAGCUGGCCGAGCGACCUGCACCACUCCCCCGUCAUCGUCCACCACAGAUCGAGAGCCGCCUCAGCGAGGUGGGACCAAGGCGAGUUCAUUAAGAACCUCCCCCACAAACUGCGUUUCAAGACCCCCGGCGGCGGGGAGGCGUUCGACGCCGCGGGGGGCCGGCGGAGCCCCGCGCAGGGACGCGAUGGUCCCAGGGAGGACCUCAAGGGGCCGAGCGGCGGCGAAGCGGCAUCGGGGAACUGCGCCGGCUCCUGGCUCCAGCAGCUGGAGGGCGAGGAAGCCCAGAGGGGGAGGCCGUCCCCUCCCCAGUGCAAGGCCUCGGCCGCCGGACUCCAGCCCGCCGCGGCCCGGUACAAGCACGAGAACACUCACCUGAAGUCGCAGCUCAACUCUCUGAGCGAGGAGGUGGCGCAGCUGAAGAGGCUUUUCACGGAGCAGCUCAUGGCGAAGGUCAACUGAGGGCGCGGGGCGUUCACACGGGCCGAUUAAGAACUCUUAACUAUGUCUCGUCUUUUUUUUUAUUUUGAAUGUUGUGCUGCGUUGUAAUAAAUGUCUCAUCUCAUAACCCAGCUGUUUAACAGGGAGUGUUAUCCGAAGUAGCGUGUGAUAGUUUUCUCCCGCUCACUGUGACCACGACAAACACGCCGCUGUUUACAUCACGGCAUAGCGAUGCCGCUGUCCGCUUGUCUUUCUGUAUACAUUUUCAUAUAUAAGAAUAAAGAAAACAAAACAUUCGAAAAUA